AUGGAACUUGCACCAACUUCGAGUGAAGUUUACUUCCACGUCAGCGCGUGGGCUUCUGGCUGGCACUGGGCAGCGAAGUUCUGCCCAUUCUGCCCAGAUCACAGCCAGGGUGUGCUGUGUUCGGCUUGGCAUCGACAACCCUUCCGUUCACGAUUAGAACGGGCGAUCUCCGUCGCUCAAGGAUCGCCCAUGGAGGCUGCGGCCCUCUCGUCCACCUACCGCCUCUCAACCCCCACCACCCUCACAAGCCUCGCCCUGCAGCGAUCCUCGCCGAAUCUGAGCCACCCGUCAGCCUCUCCGGCGCCUGUGGCUUCGUUUCUGUCACGCGGCCACCACUCCGGUACAAGCACGAGCAGGGUGUGCAUCAGCAGCAGGAGCAGCAGCAGCUUCAGAAGCGCGAGCAGCCAUGUACUGCUCAACACCUACUGCCCACCCACGCCCUCGGGAGCAUCAAGAUUACGAGCCGGAACAGCCUUUGCAGCAGCUCAGGCAGAGAGCGCGACGUCAGCAGAGCCACAGGAGAGUGACGCGUGGAAGGUGAAGGUGUUAUAUGAUGGGGACUGCCCAAUCUGCAUGAAGCAGGUGGAGUUCCUCUCGGCGCGCAACCAGCAGUUUCAAACGCUCAAGUUUGUGGACAUCUCCUCCGAAGACUAUGACCCCGAUGAGAACGGAGGAGUCGAGUAUGAGGAGGCCAUGGGUCACAUGCACGGGGUCCUUCGAGACGGCACAGUUGUCAAAAGCAUGGACGCGUUCCGCAGCUUCUACGAUGCAGUGGGGCUGGGAUGGAUCAUCAACGUCACCAACUUCCCCCCGAUAGCAGUGGUGGUGGAUGCCAUGUACGAGCUCUUUGCUAAGUACCGCCUCCCACUCACUGGUCAUCCGGGUAUCCAGGCUGCUUUUGAGGAACGCAAACGGACCAAGUAUGGCAUCAAGGGGUGCACAGAAGAAGACCCGUGCGAGGUGGAAUACUGA